UUCAACAAAACUAUGCUGCAGAACAGAAGUGAUUAGAUCAGAUCAGAACAGAAUACACAAAGGCAAGUGAAUAAAAAAGGCCUUUUAUGUGAUGGGGAUCAAAUUCGGACUUGGUGAUUCUAAGGAACAUGAUGAAGAAAAACUCCCACUUCUGCUAAACAUGGUGGUGCCGGAAGCCGAGAGGAACCUGAUUCAGAAAGCCAUGAACCAGACAUUCCAGAGCUCGGCUCAUUUAGCCAAUCUAUUGCCUACCGGUUCGGUCCUUGCUUUCCAGCUUCUGUCACCAAUCUUCACAAAUCUUGGAACCUGUGACUCUGUGAGCCAGUUCAUGACUGCAGGACUUGUAGCUCUCUGUGGAGCUUCAUGCUUCCUGCUAUGCUUCACUGAUAGCUUCAGAGACAACAAGGGGAACAUAUGUUAUGGAUUCGCCACCUUCAGUGGCUUGUGGGUCAUUGAUGGAUUGACCACACUUCCACCUGAACUUGCGGCAAAAUAUCGCCUAAGGUUUAUAGAUUUCAUGCAUGCAGUAAUGUCUGUACUAGUAUUUGCUGCAAUUGCAAUGUUUGAUCAGAAUGUGGUUAACUGCUUCUUUCCGGAGCCAUCAAAUCAAACACAAGAGGUCCUCACGGCAUUGCCUGUGGGCAUCGGCGUUAUUUGCAGCAUGUUGUUUGUUGUAUUUCCUACACAGAGACAUGGAAUUGGCUUUCCCCUUUCCACAAAUUAACAGUUUGGAGUUCCUUUUUGAAUCUUUGUAUGUUGCCUUUUGGAGCCACUUUCAGGCAUUUGACAGGUUAUUAAACUCACAUCCACAAAGCUAUUUUUAUAGAUUUGUAUGUUGGAGUAAAUUAUACAAUAGUCAGAAGAAUUGCACAGUAUAGAAUGCAUUAGAAGGUAUAGAAUAUACAACCUUCUGAUAUACUCUGUUGUUAGAAGAAUUCAAUAUCAGAUGUUGAAGAUUUUAUGGAAGCUCUGAGGCGGACAAAUCCGCCAUGCAAGAAAGCGUUGGAACCUGAAAUCUUCGUGAAAUUUUGUAAUUUGCAUGCCACGUUUAAGUGACUCAAAUUCAAAAGGCUUGUCAUAGGAACAUUUGAGAAAUCUACAACGGAGAUGAUACGCCUAAAAAGUUAGAGAACCCAUGUUUCAAUCAGUCCUAUCUAAGAAUCCCAUACUUCAAAUAAAGAAUUCGAAUCCCAAACAAACGAAUGACUAAAACAAAAUGAUAAUAAUCAAUUAUCGGAAGACCAAGGGGAAAAAAGGUUUUUUUUUUUUGACAUAAUGUAGGCAGUCAUUAAUAUAGACUAAUGCAAAGCAUUAAACUUAAUCUUCCUCUCAUAAAUAUUACCAUUCUGAAUAGAUAAUCUAUUUGAAAAAAAAAAGAAAAGAAAAAAAGAUCAACACCGGCUCUUCCUUUUGGAAAGUCUACACACGCAGAAAAUAUCUGAAGAAAAGAAGGCAGUUUGGUCUUCUCAAGAAAGCCAGGAGCAUGCCAAAGAGAAGAAUGCACUCUCACUCAGCAAAUCAAAGCACAUUCAAUUCUCAAAGGCAACAAGUAUACCAUGCAAAUGCAAUACAGCCUGCCAUCAUAUAAAGUGAUGCACUGGGCAAAGAAUGAGGGGAACAACCUGAGACCUCCAUGCCAAAGUUCAGCUCUCCUCAACUAAUCUGGGAAACAUUGAAGGAAUGGACGAUGGCAAAAGAAAAAGGAAUGCGAUAGAAUGAGGAGCCCUGGGGAUUCAGUAAGGACCACUGGCUAAGCAGUAUAUAUCCUACUGUCUAUAAAGACGAGUUGAUUCAAAGGUCUAAUUGAGUACUGAAAUGAUUUGCAGUUCAAAGGAUAGUACAAAUUUAUAAAAUUAUAAUCACAGGUGAGGAUACAAAAUCAUUGAAAAUGUCACAUGGGGACGAACAUGAACAAAGCGAAAGUUAUGUCAAAAACAAAAUUCAUGAAUACGAGACAUUACUUCCCUUUUAUUUUGAUUGUAGUACUAGCUAACAAAAGUGCUCCUUUUUGUAAGCCAGAAAAAAGUGGUUUCUGGAGAACCAAAGGGCCUUUUUCCAAGUGCUCGUCCAUUUCUGAAAAGGUUUAUCCUAACACACCUACUUACUUUUAUUUACUUUUUUAGAAAUAUUUCCUCCUUCAAAUUAAGCUAAACCAAAUGAGCUCUAUAUCCUGCAAAGGACCAGAAAAUAAGGAUGAUCUCUGUUUCACAACUAUCUAAUUUCCAAUUAACCAUAGAAUCAAAGUACUAUCACUUAUAUGAAACAAGACAAUAAUAUGCCAAAUGCUACUUCAACUGAAACAUUAAUGUGGGAUUGUCAGGGAAGUUUUACAUAUAUGGGAUCCUACUUAGAUACACAGAGGUAGAAUAAGUCUCCAAAUAUGUAUCUAGGGUGGAGCAAGAGGAAACUGUGACUUGGCAAUGAGAAGGAAAAUAUAUUACCUGCGGCAGAAGCACAAUAUGUCAUAUGAUCUGGGAAGGCUAAAACCACGUAAGUUACAGUGAGAAAUUGAUGCAGCAGCAAUGAAAGGUAACAUACUCUCCUUCAAGUUGAAGCAGAGCUUCACCUUCAACAAACUUUUUU